AUGCCUACCGCAACAGAGCGCAUCAACGCCCUGAACCCCUUCUCCAAGAAGGAGGCUCACAGCGUCAGGUCCAUCACGACGUACAAGGUUUUGACCAUUUUGAGCUGGCUCCUGUCCCUCGUCGUCACCCUCUACUAUACCUUCAACGAGCCCCGCGAUGGCUUCACGAUUCGGAGAAGAAUUUGGGAUCAGAACUACCUGUACCCGACUGCCUUUACACUGAACUCGGUCAUUGUCGACAUUUACUGGAUCGUUCUCUUCAUUCUGCAAGUCGGCUACGUCGCCCACCUCUUCUCGAGCAACAGCGAUUAUGUCAAUGCCGCCGCCAGUGUCGGAUCUCACUUCAUCUUCAACAACCUGCUGCACUUCGCAUUCGUCAUGCUCUUUGUCCGCUCCCAUUUUGUUUGGGCCGAACUCAUUCUGCUCAUCAACUUCGCUAACCUGUCGUCGCUGUAUUUCCGCCACAACACCUACCCGCGCUUCAUCCACUGGCCCGUUAUUUCUGCUCCUCUGGCGUGGACGUUCGUGGCCAUCUACUGGAACGGUGCCAUCAUGGUCCCUCACCCGCAUAGCCUGGUUGCCCGCAUCUUUGGAAACAUCUUCAUCUGGUCCAUCCUAGUCUACGGCGGUUUCUUCAUCGUAGCAUACAAGGAUUACACCAUCGGAUUCUCCCUCAGCGCUCUGGCUGCCGCUAUCGGUGUUGCCCAGUUCCACCGCCAGGUCAUUGCCUUCCAGUGGAUCUUUGCCUUUACCAUCAUGGCCGUUCUGUUCGUCUCGACGCUCGUCACUGCCUACCCGGCCGCAACCGGCAAGGACUACCCUUGGCGAAGCCGCUCCUCCGCUCCUGCUGACGCGGAGCGUGCUCCUCUUCUCGCCGAUGACCAGUAA